GUUGUUUCAUCUGGGGUUGUUACGUUGCCCCCUAGUGGUUUGAAGUUUGAAGAGCACAGUGUCUGGCAGCAGUCUGGUAAUGGAGAUGAGCGACCAUCACGGCACCCUCAGAGACGGAUUCCUACCGUGGGAAGCUGGCGGGAGCAUGGUGUUCUGAUUAGACGUCAGGAGAGGACAGGAACCGCCGGUUCCGUCACGGUUCUCUUCGCACCACCACAGGGGCCUGCCAGGCACGGGAGUCGUCUGCCUCCCCCUGUAGUAAUUGGUCUGAGAAGCGGGACGGGGCGAGGCAGAUGCAUGCCCUACUCAGACAGCUAGUAGACAUGGGCCAGGAGCAAGCCAAGCAGCAGAUUGAGAAAGGUCUGAAACUAUACCAGUCCAACCAGAGGGAGAAGGCCUUGGAAGUGUGGAAGAAAGUGCUGGAGAAGAACACAGACCCAGGAGGGAAGUUUCGCGUGUUGGGCUGUUUGAUCACCGCGCACUCAGAGUUUGGAAUGUACAAGGAGAUGCUAAAGUAUGCUCUGGCACAGAUCGACACGGCCAGAGACAUGGAGGACCCCGACUACCUGACGGAAGGGUACCUGAAUUUGGCACGCAGCAACGAGAAGCUGUGCGACUACCAGAACACCAUCUCCUACUGCAAGACCUGCCUGAACAUGCAGGGCACGACGGUGAGCCUGCAGCUCAACGGGCAGGUGUGUCUGAGCAUGGGCAACGCUUACCUGGGCCUCAGCUGCUUCCAGAAGGCCCUGGAGAGCUACGAGAAGGCCCUGCGGUACGCGCAUAAUAACGACGACAAGAUGCUGGAGUGCCGGGUCUGCUGCAGCCUGGGGAGCUUCUAUGUCGCUCUGAAGGAUUACGAGAAGGCCCUCUUCUUUCCUUGUAAAGCGGCAGAGCUGGUGAACGACUAUGGCAAGGGCUGGAGUCUGAAGUACCGGGCCAUGAGCCAGUACCACAUGUCUGUGGCCUACCGGAAACUGGACCGCCUGCCCGACGCCAUGGAGUGCUGCGAGGAGUCGAUGAAGAUUGCCCUUCAGCAUGAGGAUCGACCACUACAGGCUUUGUGCUUGUUGAACUUUGCAGACGUCCACCGCUGCAGAAAUGACGCGGACAGGGCAUUUCCUAGAUACGAGUCCUCUAUGUGCAUCAUGAUCGACAUUGGUAACAGGCUGGGACAGGCAACCAUCUACCUGAACGUGGGCAAGUGCUGGAUACUGCAGAAGGAACUAGACAAGGCUCUGGACUCAUUGCAGAGAGCAGAGGACCUGGCAGAAUCAGUGGGGAAUAAGCUGAUCGUGUUGAAGACGCACUCUCUGCGCGAGGGGAUCUACCGGGGCCGCGAGCAGCAGGACGAGCUGCGAGAACAGGUGGUCAAGUUCCUGCAGCACGUGGAGGAGCUGGAGCUCUACUGCGGCAUGUGCGGAGAGUCCAUCGGAGAGAGGAACCAGCAGCUGCAGGCCCUGCCCUGCUCUCACGUCUACCACCUCAAGUGUCUACAGACGAACGGAACUAAAGGUUGCCCACGGUGCCGUAGUGCGUCCAUGAAACCUGGCUUUGUCUGAGCUCACGUCAGGAGUCCUUUCUUGGAAUAAGAGCCAUACAGGGACUUCCUCUCUUCAGAAAUGACUCCAGAUCAGCUUGCAGGAGAGACGUCACAGAGGGAUGCUGUCAUACUUUUCCUUCACUGACGCCACCACAGUCAAGAACGUCUGCAGGUUCUGUAGCUGUAGACUAGAACUCCUUCAACUAACAUUGUUUACUUGAUAGUAAAAACACAAACCCCCACAUCGCUCCAAGUCAUCCCUCGGCUGAAAACUCUGUGAGCUCCCCUGGAGUACCAGCAGGUGUCCCCAGGGGGAGUGUGCAGAUUGGACCCCUUUUCAAGUUGGGAGUUCUUGCUGUGGAAGAUGGAAGGGCUUGGCUGAAGGAACAGACGUCAGUAAACCCAACUGUCCAAACUCUCACUCUUCCUGCAGUGGAGCUUUUCUUUUGUUUGUUUUUUCUGAGCCUCAGCUGGUGAAAGAUUGUUUCUGCUGACAGUGAUGUUCUCAGCUGGUUUAUGGCUGAAGUGCAAGGACUAUACAAAGCUCAUGUGACUUGUACAAUAUGGGAAUACGAACCAUCAGCUGUACUCAGUUCAAACUUACGAUAGCAUUCUUUAUCAUGGGGUAGGCCACAUUUGGCUAAGAGGAGCCCUCUGUAACCACAUACUGACCAUGUUUACCAUUCUCUGUGCCAAUACCCCUCAUAUUAUAAUAUUUUAAUGUGACAUGUCUUCAUUUAAUUAAGUUUAGUUCAUUGCUAACUUGUCUUUCACCCAACUGUAAUAGUUAUUAUGCUACACAGUACACACUUUAUAAUUUUUAUCAUUUUAUUAUUUUAUUUGUUACAGAAAUAUACUAUUACUUUAUUUAGGCGUAAUAUGUAAUAUUAAUGUAUACCAAAAUUACAGUUUUCCUUUGCCCCUUUUCUGUUGUAGAAAGCGGAAAGGUACUGUUACUACAUCAGCUACAACUGGCUGAAACAAGAAGCCUUUUGCCUAGAUAUAUACAGCCCAGGAGAAAAUUCGAAUGAGUGAAAUUCGAAUGAGUCGACGUUCAUAUUCAAAUUUGCAAUGGUCCCUUAAUUUUAAAUGUCAACUCAUGUCACUCAGCAACAGGAUGACAUCAGAAAAAUGUGCAGUGGUCUCUUAAUUUUCUCCAGAGCUGUUUGUUAAACCACAAAUCCAUUAAAGUUCCCAGGGGUCGAUUCUGGGACCUUGGCAACAUUAAGCUGAAGUUCUAUUUCCCCUGUUCUAAGACCAAAGAUUAGGGUUACCAUCUCAUUUUGUUCAGUUCAAUGAAUAAUCCUAAUGGUUAUGGGGUCGUUACAUAGCUAGCUAACGGGUAGCAUGCCUCCCAAUACGUCUUUGUAAUCUGUCUUGCAUAUAUGGAAAUAAAACUGGAGUAACAUAUAGACUGCAUGUUAAAGCCAGUAAGUACUACAUGUAUUCACUCAUCAAAUGGUAUUGUAAUAAUCUAAUGAAUGAUUUGUGUGUGACAGGUCUAGUCUUUAAUCUGACCAAUUAUUUGAAUUGACAAGAUAUACAUUUUUCCUAUCCACAUAUAAGGCUAUUAUUUGUACUGAUUGAGAUAUUUGGGUGGUUGACUUAGGCUAUAAAAAAUGCCAAUAAUUUUACAUAGCAUUUAUUAUGUUGGAAAAAAGUCUUUGACAAUGGUAUAGUCAUAACGACAGAAUCCAAUGUUUGGAGUAAAAGUGGAAUGUAUGAAAAACUAUUUUAGUGAUGAUUAUGUCAUUAUGUUGCCAAUGAACACAGUUUAAUUGUGCAUUGGCACAAAUAUCACAUACAUGCCACAUUAGUGUAGAAGUACCUUCAACAAAAAAAGUUGAAGUUGACAUUUUGAAGACGAAAGAUUUAGUGGCAAAUCACUAUAACAUUUGUCAUGUGCAGCCUUUCUAAAGAGAAAUGGUGAAUUAAACGUUACUAAUAAUUUGCAUUAAUCCACCUUGGGGGAAAUCCCAAGGUGUAAUACUAUAUGAAUGCAUCAUUGCUCCAGAAUGUCUGUUUGUGAAUGUGUAUUACGAUAAGGAGAUGUUUUGAUGCAGCUAGACCUUUCUUUAUGUAUUCCCCCCCCCCCUCUCUCUCUCUCACACGCUCUUUUCAUGGGUUAAAACAUUUAUAUAUUGCCUUGUAACUGCAAGUAACCCAGUUGCUUUCUAAUGCAGUAAAACAAAAUGCACAUAAAAUGUACACACCGCAAACAGACUGGGGAAAAGAACAAGGUGACUUUUUUUCCUCCCUGCAGUGUAUUCACAUUGUUCCCCUUAGCCUAUUUUACAAACCAGUUGUAUUCAUUCUAAUAAUUAAACUCAUCAGUUUAUAUUAAUCCUUUCACUGUAAUAUGUGUUAUAUUAUGCUAUGUUUAUUACACUAGCUACUAACUGGUUAAAGCUACCUCUUUGCCAUCUCCCUACUCUCUGAGUAGUUUAUAUAGUGUGCCACAAUAAUCUGGAUCUGCCAAGGGCCAUUGGCUGGGGAAUAGAAACAAUCUUUGUACAUAAUCUUUUUUCUAGAAUAAAUAAAAUAUUCA